AUGUCCACAGACGCGCGUCUAGCAGCUCUCGAGGCUCUCGCCCGUGAAAACCAAGAAAAGAUCGAAGCACUAAACCACAAGAACUGGCUACUCAGUAACCAAAACAUCAAGAUGCAAGAAGAACUCGCCAAGUUGGAAGAAGAUCUACUUGAGCGUCCACCACCAGGACCGUUGUGGACACCAUUCUACAUGACCGCCCGCAACGCCCCACGACUAUAUCUAGAGUUUGUGAUACCAGGAUCCAAAGGCGAGACGUUGGGGAUAGCUGUAAACAACGUAGAUCUGGCCUUCAUACUGCAGCAGACGUUGCGACGGAGAGGGUGGGGCGAAGCGACGACGAAGAGGGGUGUCGAGGAUUUCCUAGAGCAGCCUAUGAUGAAGGUAACGUGGACGGGCAGAGAGGGAGAAUUUGGGAAUCUGAGCUAG